AACGGAACGGUUAUCCAGUGCUUCCAGGUUUUCACUGGUGUUCUAGCUUAGGUUGACUCAUGAAUUCGACUAUUAAAAUACUAAAUGAACAAUCUGUAGAAAUUUGAAUGAAUUUAACGAAUUUAUAAACCUUUUUUAGUAGAAAUAUUACCCAGGAAUUCUUGAUCCAUGGACAAAAAUAAUUGCGUAUCCAUGACGUGUCCUGAUAAUUUUCCAAUUUAUUAUUUCUUCACAAUAAAUAUCUAUUCUGUAAUAAUCAGCGUUGAAUAUUUUAAAUGUUCUCAAAUCAUUAAAAUACAGCUAAUUUCCUCUUUAACCCUGAAAUCUAGACUCUCUCAUCUCAUUAUAAUCGGGUAGUUUAGCAACAUGUUUUAACCAGACAUUUAAUAAUCAUUUUCUACAGUGUUACAUUUAUGUCACAUACCUUUAUCAUCCUCAGGUUAUAGAUUAUCCACUAUUUAUUAUUCAAGCGUAAUGACUGGUUGUUCAAGUUUAUUCGUACGUUGACUUCAAUCAUUAUAAUUACUACUUUUUCUAAUCAGACCCCCUUUUCGUUUGUUCUAACUUCUUUAUUUUUUUUCCUGUAAUUGAAUUGCAGGCAGUAAAUAAUAAUGGAAACAGAAGAAUUGGAAAAGGAAUUAAUUCAAUCAAUUCGACCUAGUUUAAAUGAAUUAUUACGAAUAUGGGAUUAUGUGGGUUAUAAUAAAUUGGAACGCUCACAACGUCUACAACAUUUUGUUAAAAAACUUGAAACUGUUCUAUGCGAAGUAAUUAAAGAAGAAAAUUCUGCACGUCUUAUAAUGGAACAAAAAAUUGAAUUAAGACGUAGAGAAAUCGCUGAUAUGUGUCAACAAUUAAGUUUGGCACCAUUCCUACCUGAACGUGGACUUACCUCCAGUGAAUUAAUGAGAUCAUUAGAUGAAAAAGCGGAAGAAUUGAUUCAACAAAAAAGUGCCCGAUGUGAACGUUAUUGUUGGUUACGAUCGAAGAUAUUACAUUUAGAUAAUUUAUUGGGUGGUGACCAACUGUCGGAUAUUGCAAAGCAUAAACUUGAUAUAGAUUUUCACACUACCUUCCCACCGAUUACAAAGUUUUUUGGACAAUCAAAUUGUAUUGAUCAAAAUAACACUGAUAAAAAUGGUCAUUCAAAUGAAUAUGAAAGUUUAGAUCCUUCAAUAAUUUCAUCUAUUCAAACCUUACCAGAUCAAACAAAUAUUGAAAAGCUCACUAAGAUUUAUGAAGAGCUACAAUCAAUUUAUACACCUUUAGCUAAUCAACAUGCUGCACUUCGUGAAGAUAUUGCUCGUGUUGCAGCUGAUAUUUUUUAUCAACCACAAUCCGAUAAAGAAGCUGAAAUUUUAACGAUUGUUGGAUUAAAACAUUUAUGCAAAAAUGGUAAUACAAUUUCAACUCCUGGUGUAGUUAGACGAGCUAAUGAUGGAAUAAAUUGUAUUAUGCCUAUAUCUACACCUAGUGAAAACUCAGAAGUCACUACAAAUGGCUUAGAUAAUAAUCAUGAUACAUAUGAACCUGUUGUAAAUAAAGAGAUACUUAGAUGGUUAACUGAUUGGCGAUUGAGAUUAGUCAAAGAGAAAGCUCGUUUAGUUGGUACGUGUGAAGAAUUGAGAGCUUAUUUGUUACAAAUGUGGAAACGAUUAGAUAAACCAGAAUCAGAACAAAAAGAAUUCUUGGAGAUGCAUUCUGGUUAUAAACCUGAAACACUGGAAGCACUUCAGGAAGAAGUUGAUCGAUGUCAACAAAUGAAAUGGGAAAAUAUGCAAACAUAUUUAAGUCGUCUUGAAAGUGAAGCACUACGAUUGGCUAGUUUAUGUUGUGUAGAUGAGAAAAUUAUUCAAUUACCAAAUGAUAGUGAUAAACAGGAUCCAGAAAUAAUAAUUAAUCAUUUAGAGACUAUAUUAGAACAAUUAAACCAAACUUAUUAUUUAUAUCGUCCCGUCUAUGAAUGUAUUGCUGUAUAUGAAUCAUCUUGGAAACAAUUAAUUGAUGUUGAAGCACGUUUAAAAGAUCCAUCAAUAUUUUCUAAUCGUGGUGGUAUUUUAUUAAAAACAGAAAAAGAGAAAAAACGUCUAUUGAAAGAAGUGGAACGUACUGAAAAAGAGGCGAUAUCAGCUAUUGAACAAUAUGAAUUAAAAAGUUCAUCACAUUUUCUUUUAUCUAAUGGUAAAACAUUUACUGAACAUAUUAAUGAUAAAUGGAAUAAUUAUAAAACAUGUAAAGAUACAUCAAAAUCACGUCGUUCAAUUGUUCCAACUACCAGUAAUAAUAGUAGUUCAACUGUCAAUAAUAAUAAUAAUUCCGGUAAUACAACACGCCCAACUUCAGCUAAUCUAACAGGAUCACCUGUAGCUAACACUUAG